UAAAAUUGAACAUUUCUAACCAAAUAACAAAACAAAAUCAUUACAAGGAAAAGUGAGACACAAUGACCUGAAAAAAUCUUAAAAUUGGUUCGUUAACUGAAUUACCUUCGCUCAUUCAAAUCAGCCCCAUAUAAAAGCCCAUUAACAAAACCUCAAGCCCAAUUUAUUUUCAUCAGACGAUCGUUAAACCCUGGUCUCGUCAUCGCCAAGGAAACGCACCAGUCUCAAUGGCAAAUACCCUCUCCCGCUCUACCGCCUCGCGAGUCGCUAACCGUUUCUUCUCCACCUCCAAAUCCCUCGCUCCUUCUCCAUCUAACCUCAUCUCCCACCGAUCCUCACAGACUCUAUUCCACGCCGUCGGAUUCAACCCCAGUUCAACCACUCUGGACGACAUCCUACAGACACAGAAGAUCCGGCCCCGGGUGGUGCAUAGGUCCAGUGAACGGCAUUCACCCCGCAAGUCCAGAUCCAAAUUCAGCUGCCGACUACCUACUACUGAGAUAUCGCCGCUGCCUUCUGGCUGCGACUACAAGCAUUGGCUCAUCGUCAUAGACAAGCCCGGCGGAGAGUACGCUAGUAAAGAGCAAAUGAUCGGUUGCUAUGUUCAAACCCUAGCCAAAAUUGUCGGCAGUAAGGAAGAAGCUAAGAGGAAGAUCUACAAUGUUUCUUGCGAGAAGUAUUUUGCGUUUGGAUGUGAGAUCGAUGAGGAGACAUCAAACAGACUUAAAGGAAUACCUGGUGUUCGCUACGUGCUUCCAGACUCUUAUGUUGAUCCAGAGUACAAAGACUACGGAGGUGAGUUGUUUUUGAACGGAGAAGUAGUUCCACGUCCUCCAGAGAGACAGAGGAGGAUUGUGAGGUUCAUGACUCCAAUACUGAGGUACAAUGACCGAACCAGAAAUGUCCGGGGGAGAGAGAGCAUGCUUUGGCCUCCAAUUCUCUUGAGUCUGCCCAAGCAGCUUCUUUCCCUUUGAACUUUGAUUGUAUUGGCCUUUUCUUUCUAUGUUAUUUGCUCCACUGAUGA